UCAGUAGGCGCAGGGCGCCGGUGUGAGAGGAGUGCUUCUCUGCCGUCUGCUGCCACACAGCGAGUCUCGGCGUCCUCUGCCACGGUCCUGCUGGUCUACCAUCACCACCACAGCCUGCUGCCGCUCCUACACCCGGAGAAAGGUUUCUAUCUAGAAGGUUGACCUCCAUACACUUGCAAAAUGCCUGGUGACUUCUCUGUACUCUGUCUCAGCCCUCCAACCCCACAUCAGUUGUGCUUCCCAUCAUCUAAUUCACUCAGACCUUGCCUGGCACAAACUCAACGUCCUCCAGAUCUCCGCAAGAAAGGUGUGGUGUUUGCGGAUGCCCUUGGACUGGCCCUCACCACCAUCCGCCACUUUUCACCCUCAUUUUUUGAUGAAGAUCCAAUUGGGCUUGCUUUGGCCUCACUACGUGCCCUACGUCCUCUCUGCCGCACAACCUAUAGCUUGGAUUUCCAUCCUCCAAGUCAAGAUUACACUGUCUUUCGUUGUAGACUAGCCAGACAGCAGGUUUGUCUGGAGCAGUGUGCUGUGCAGGGAGCAUCAUUGGCUGGUACCGUGAGGGUGCUGAACAUUGGCUUUGAGAAGAGAGUGAUUCUGCGGGUUAGCUACGAUAACUGGAACAGUCAUUAUGAUUUGCCUUGCUCCUACCUACGUGACUUACAUGGUGGAGAGGAAACUGACACUUUCUCCUUUAGGUUACCACUGCCUAGUGGUACUGUUCGGGCAGAGUUCUGCAUUUGUUUUUGCUGUCAGGGGCAGGAAUACUGGGACAACAACCAUGGAAAGAACUAUACACUGCAUAAAGUGGAGGAACGCAGUGGGCAGAUGCAGAGAUCACAGUGGUGAAAUAGAUCAGGUUAAUUGACAUCUCAAUGUUUCAUCUACUGAAAUGGUUUUCCUGUCUGGCAAAAAAGUUCUUUUGUAUAGCCAUUUACAAUGCAAAACAGUAGGGUUGGCAGAGCCAACCUUGGAGAAAGUGAAUACACUUACGAUCUUGUACUAUCAGCUUCUAAAAUGAUACUCAUCCUGUAUGGCUAAUUAACCUCUAAUCCCAUGCUCCGCCUAGCUGUUAGAAUAGCAUUUUAGCUAGAACACUUUGAGACCUUGUGGGUGGAUGGGGAGCUAGGACUGGUGAACUGUCAUGUAAAGACUUGUGUGCAAACUGGUUUUUGCAAUCCAUGGGUUGAUUGGAUGAUUGAAUUGGGCUAGUUGAUCAGUUAUGGUUUUUAUCUGAAUCUGUACUACAAAUCAAAUAAAUAUUUUAUAUAUUGA